AUCUUGGCUGGCGUUUCUGGCUAGGUCUUAGCAAAGGCUCUGGCUUUCUUAAUUAGCAAAGGGACGCCAUUGGAAUCCGCCACCGUCCCUCCAUCUUCUCUCCUUCUUCUCUUCGUUUAGGGAGGUGAAGAGGAUUGAAGAGGAGAUUUGGGGCGGUGGAUUCUUCGUUUGCUUUCUCAAGCUUUGCGAAGGUCUUGAAUUCAACAUUGUGAGAACCUAUAUUGGACUCUAGUUUCAAACACUGAAGCAAUGACAGGGGGUAAUAUGCAAGCCCUUGAAAACACAAACAAUGGCUUUUUAUCCAUUUCAGGGUUGGGCUCCUUGUGGAAUCCCCAAGAUGCCUUUUAUCCUCCAGGGGGUUUGUUUGCUAGUGUUGGUCAAAUGGGAGUGGGUUUUGGUAUUUCACCGAAUUCUACUGGUCCUAGAGAAACUGGUGUCAAGGUUCCAUGUGUCGAUCUGUACACAAAAUAUGUAUCUACAGAGUUUGGAUUUCGUGUUGCUGGAGGCCCCCCAGAGCCAGUUAUGGAAGUUGCUGGUGUGAAGGAGGAAGCUGAUCUGCGGACCACCAGGGAGAAGGGCAGAUUCAAAAUCAAAAUAAAGAUUCAGAACCCUUCCUUCAGGCGACUUAUCAGUGGGGCAAUUGCUGGGGCAGUAUCAAGGACAGCAGUUGCUCCAUUGGAGACAAUCAGAACACAUCUGAUGGUGGGAAGCAAUGGGGGUUCUACCAUGGAAGUCUUUCAGAAUAUAAUGAAAACAGAAGGAUGGAAGGGAUUGUUUCGUGGUAAUCUUGUCAAUGUUAUCCGAGUUGCACCAAGCAAGGCUAUUGAGCUAUUCGCUUUUGACACAAUGAACAAGGUUUUAUCACCAAAGGAUGGUGAAUCACCCAAGCUACCCUUGCCUCCUUCACUAGUUGCUGGGGCAUUUGCCGGAGUCAGCUCCACUAUUUGUACUUACCCACUGGAAUUACUCAAGACACGACUAACUAUACAGAGAGAUGUCUAUGACAACCUCCUACAUGCCUUUCUUAAAAUUGUGAAGGACGAAGGUCCGGCAGAGCUCUAUAGAGGUCUGACUCCAAGUUUGAUUGGAGUUGUACCUUAUGCCGCUACUAAUUACUUCGCUUAUGAUUCACUGAAAAAGGCAUACAAGAAAGCAUUCAAAAGGAAAGAUAUCGACAGCAUUGCUACACUACUAAUCGGGUCAGCGGCUGGUGCUAUCUCAAGCAGUGCCACCUUCCCGCUUGAGGUUGCUCGCAAGCACAUGCAGGUCGGUGCGGUUGGCGGCAGGCAGGUCUACAAGAACAUGCUUCAUGCACUCUUGGGCAUUCUUGAGAAAGAGGGAAUUGGAGGACUUUAUAAAGGAUUGGGACCAAGCUGCAUGAAGCUGGUUCCAGCAGCUGGGAUUUCAUUCAUGUGUUAUGAGGCUUGCAAGAAGGUGCUAAUUGACAAAGAAGGGGAUGCUUGACUUAAUUGGGACGCUGUUAACUUUUAUUUGUAGAGAACUAUUUUGAGCGCGGACUAAUCUUUAGUUUUUUUAAUUAAAUUUCGGCUCUAUUGAUGUCUGAGUUUGAGCGGAUUAGGUUUUAUACCCGCUUUUUUUUUUUAAUCUUUCUUUUGUUGGAGUUCAUACUGUAGCCUGAUUGAACUUUUUAACGAGCUCAUUGGGAUUCAAUUGUUGCCAUUUUCAAAGAAUACUA